GCAACAGUGAGAACUUAUGUUUAUGGAGUCGGCCGCAUCAGUUCGCUGUACUGUUUAUCGUUGAAGUGAAAUCUUUAAAUUGUGUUGAAAGUGCUAGUUGCAGAAAUGGAUGAAAAUAGAGCUAACAUUCUGCGGAAUAUGCAGAUCUGUAGAUUGUGCUUAAAUUCUGAUGGAAACUUGACAAAUAUUUAUGAUGAUUCCAAAAAUAAAAAGAAAGUAAUGCCUCUAUAUCUUCAGAUAGUGGCUUGUGUUAACGUAGAGGUUUAUAAGAAUGAUGGAAUGCCAGAACUCAUAUGCGAUGAUUGUAAAUAUCUAAUUUCACUAACGUAUGGCUUUAGGGUGAAUUGCAAAAAAGCUAAUGAUGCAUUAAAAACAUUUGCAGCUACAGGAAAUUUAAGUGAAACACCAUCAAUCAACAAAAUUCAAACUGAAAAAGAAACUAAAAUCCGUAAAGUAAAUGCCGAGUUUUUCUCACAACCAGCCAAAAGACUCAAACCUGAUUCUAACGAAACUACAACUCAGCCUGAGGUUCACUCUGUUGAAAUUCAAGAGGAAGAACAUGCUCUUGAAGAAUAUGAAAUUAGACCUUCUUCUGAAAAUGCAUUCAGUGUUAAACUGGUAUCAUCCAACAAGAUGGAUGAAGUUGAAUUAUCACCCCUUCGACCUAAAACAUUUGCUUGUAGCUUAUGUGAAAUGACUUUCUCAAUGAAGCAGCUCUUGGACAUACAUAUGAACAGUCAUGAAAAGAAAGAGAGAGUUUUCCAUUAUGAAAAAGAUCAAUUAGUUGAGGUCGGCAAGAAAGAAUUUCAAGAUGAUGAAACUGUUGAUCAUAAUGAAAAGAGUCAUGAGGUUAAUUCUAACGUCAGUUGCUACUGUGGGAGCACUUUUUCUAGUAGAGAAGAAUUACUGGAUCACUCGAAGAAAAAACAUGGACAAAGAAAACCAUUCACCUGUGGAGAUUGUGGAAAAAGCUUUGUUUUCAAGCAGGGUCUAGAAAAUCACAAAGCUACACAUAGUGGUGAAAAACCACACAAGUGCAACUACUGUGAAGCCUUCUUCACAUCACCAAUCAAGUUGACUCGUCAUUUGACUUCACAUGCAGUGCUCAGACCUUAUCCAUGCAAGUUUUGCAAACGUACUUUCUUGUUGAGUCAUCAUCUCACUCGUCAUAUGCGAAGCCAUUUUGCAGCAAAAACAAAUAAUCUUCAACAAAUCGGUCAAUUCAAGUGUGAUAUUUGCAGUAUGUCCUUCAGACGUAAAGAUUCUCUAAUUAAUCAUAGUGCUAUUCAUUCAAUGGUAAACUUAAAGUGUGUCAUCUGUAAUACUGAAUUCGACAGUGCCCAUUCGGUUAAGGAACAUAUAAGCACACAUCUAUCAGGACUUCCUUUUCCCUGUGAGAAAUGUUCAUAUUCCUUCGAAAGCAGAGAGCAACUUGAAGAGCAUGAACUUAAACAUGCUGAAAUGGAAUAUGAGGAGCAGAUUGAAAAAGAAGUAGUAGAAGAGGCCCGAGCACAAGGUCAGAUCUCAGGAGACAUGGAAAGUGCCGAUGAAGAUGAUGAGGAAUUUGGUGGUGACCACAUGGGCAGAAACGGAGAAGAUGAUGAAGAGUACAUUGUGGACGAAGAUGAAGAAAUUAGUUUCGCAGCUUCAAUUUCUUCACAAUCGGAAGGCACACUGAGAAGAUCUUCCAGACCGAGGAAAACAAAACAAUUUGUAGAUUUCCUAAAGAGUGAAGCUGAAUCAGAUCCUGAAAAUGAGGAAUACCAACAGCAAGAACCUUCAAAUGAGGAACGCCAGAUGCAUCAAACUGCUGAAAUAGAAACCGAUAUUUCACAGGACGGUGAGGAGUCGAUUAUAAAACCGAUAUUCCGUAAAGAGGGCAUGAAAAUGUACCAGAGAAAAAAUCCAAUCAAGAGGCCAAGGGUUGUAACAAAUGUUUCUAUUGACAAAAUGAAAACUGCGCCUUUAUCUCAGAUCAAUCAACCUCAGGUCACUACUAUUGAAAAUCUAGGACUCACAACGAAAGAUUUGGAACAGUUACCGACAGAAAAAUAUGUUGAUAUGAAGAUUGGAAACAAAACUGUUCGGGUGCAAAAACUAGUGCUCACCAGAGAAGAAAUGAAAGCAAUGGCUAGAGAAGGAAGAAUUCGUGGAAAUACAGUCCUCAUAAAGAACCCUGGGCCUCAGAGUAAAGGAAAUCUGACAACUGUGGAAGAUGGAUCUACAUCAAAGGAUUCUCCUUACCGAGUUUCCAAAGCCUACAAGAAAAAACCACCUUCUCCUUCGACCUCCAGUGCAGUUAACCAAAAUACUUUGAUUAUUAAUGAUGUAAUAAUUGAUAACAUAGAUGAGCAUGAAAACAGCAUGGAAGAUAUGGAUAACUUGCCCUAAAUUGGAUGUAGGCUCUCUCUUUAACACGGUUUAGUAUGUUUGACUGGUCCCGUAAGAUCUACUUGAAAUGUAUAAAAUUAGAAGCAAACAAUUUUGUUUAAAUUGUUAAAUAGAAUAGAUAAGAUGAGUAGUGUAAUUAUUGAAGUUUGUUCUUGACUAUUUCAUAUAAUAAAUGGUACAUUUCUUUACCUGUCUAUUAAUAGCCAAGUUUUGCCAAAAGUGAUAUUUUUAAGAAUCAAAAUAAAUGUUGAAGUAAUUGACUGAAAUGCUAGAUUCUCAGCAUCAUAAAAUGUUGCCACAUGUCAAGAAAAAAGUGCCAUUGAAGAAAUCCCUCAUAUAAUCUUUUCAACUUUAAAUGUGAUUUGAUAUGUAUAUUUUUAUUGAUUGAUCAUAAAAAGUUUAAGAGUAGAAUAGCAAAUAUAAAUAAAUCAUAGUGUAAACAUU